AUGCCUUCCUCAUCACUCUUUCUGAGGUCGAGCACCACACUCGUUUCUGUCUUGUCUUUGUUUUCUGCUUCUGCCUCUGCUGCUGCAGGCACCUAUUAUGCUUUGGAUAAAGAGUACUCUGGUCCCUCAUUCUUCGAUGGCUUCGACUUCCAGAAUACGGCAGAUUUGAGCCAUGGUUUCGUCACUUAUGUCGACGAAGAUACUGCGAUAGAUUCCGGCCUGGUCACCUUUGACGGUGGCUCGGUUCAGAUGAGAGUCGAUUCGGUCAACGCCUAUGAUGGCACUGCCGAUUACUGGUUGAUCAACGGUGUCGGUCGACCAAGUGUGAGGAUCCAGAGCUCGGAGGCGUGGACCCAUGGUCUUUUCAUUGCCGACAUCAAGCACAUGCCCACAACGCAUACCAGCAGUGGAUGUGGUACAUGGCCCGCAUUCUGGACACUCGGGGACGGGGUGUGGCCGUACCGUGGCGAGAUUGAUAUCAUUGAGGGCGCAAACAACCAAGGGGCCAAUCUGGUGGCCGCGCACACUGGAAAUACUUGCGUGAUUCCCCAGAGUCCCUCGCAAAUGACCGGGAUUUCCAACGGCAACAACUGCCAAUACUACAGUGACACAGGCGGCAACGGCGCCGGUUGCGCAGCUUUUGACCCGCGAGCAGACAGCUAUGGCGGAGCAUUCAAUGCCAUCAAUGGCGGUGUAUACGCCAUGGAAUGGACGUCGGAAGCGAUCAAGGUGUGGUUCUUCCCCCGUGGCAGCAUUCCAUCGGAUAUCCAGGCUGGAACCCCUGAUCCUUCUCUAUGGGGUCUGCCAACGUCCAUCGUCAACGGACCCAACUGCGACGUUGAAGCCGACUUUCUCAACCACCGAAUUUUGUUCGACACGACCUUUUGCGGUGAUUUUGCUGGUGCCACAUGGAGCUCGGGGGGAUGUGCUGCCAUCACCAACCAAUCGUCGUGUUCGGUUUAUGUCGGCAACAACCCAGAGGAGUUUGUGGACGCCUACUGGGACGUCAACUAUGUCCGAGUUUAUCAAUCCCAGCCUGUCGUCAGCACCACAACGAGUAGCAUGACAUCCACAACCAGUGCCUCGACUAUGACCACUACAAGCGCAACAUUGAUGACCACGACCACGGCUCUCAGCUCUACAACAACCACGGCCAACACUAUUGGUCCAAUUGGAGGUUCUACAACGGCAUCAACACCGCUGACUUCCAGCACUACUCUCCCGUAUGUCAGCCCAUUGCCCAUUACGACAACCACCAGCUUCCAGAGCCUUGCACCAUUCCCGAACACGACGAUGACCACCACCACCCCUGCAUUCAGCGUGGGCCCAGUCGGCGGUGAAACCACCACAACUCCUGGGUUCGGCGUGGGCCCAGUCGGCGGUGAAACUACCACGACCCCUGGGUUCGGCGUGGGCCCAGUCGGCGGUGAAACUACCACAACCCCUGGGUUCAGCGUGGGCCCGAUUGGAGGACAAACCAGCUCGAGCAUGUCCGUGGGCCCGAUCAGCGGCGAAACGAGCACGAGCGCCGUGUACCCAUGGGAGGACUGGCCAGCGGCAUCCACCGCGACAGGAUCCCCCAUAAGCUCGACGCCAACUUCGACAUUCGUGUGGGACGACUGGGUGUCAAGUGCGCUUGAGAGCACCGCCACCGCCUCACCAGUGGAGUAUCCAUGGGAAGACUGGCCAUCGGCCUUGACGACCGCCGUCACCAUCACACUGACCGAAACCUGGGUCGAACCGUGCUCUACAGGCUACGAGACCAAGACAAUCACCGUGGUAACAACUCACUGCGGCUGCACCGAGACACCUGUUCCCACGAUCCCCGUGACCGUGACCACCAUCACCCCAUCCCCCGGCUGGCCCGUCACCACUCCCGUCGUGUGCACCGUUCCUGUUGCUGUCGCCGUCCCUGUGUCGACGACCGCCCCAGCUGCUACUCCUGCCACUCCUGCCAUCGCCACAACGAUCACAGAGAGCGUCGGUCAUGGCCAGGCGUCGCCACCCGCAGCAGAAACUGUUGCUACCAUCAUUGCAAGCGGUGGCGCAGGUUCGGGCUCGGGCUCAGGCUCAGGCUCAGGUUCAUGGCCAGCCCCUCCAUCACCAGGCACCACCAUCCUAAGCACGCUCACGCUCAUACCGGUCUCCGAGUCCUCCGCUGCUUCUUCGGCUGGGGAAGGAGCUCCCUCAGUGACAAUCAAGAGUACACUCACUGUCGAGCCGCUCCCAAGUGGCACGGCCGCGACCAGCACGGGCGCCUGGGUCGCCAGCUACACUGGUGCCGCGGGUCGUAAGGAGUUGAGCGGAUUCGCACUCAUCGGUGCAGGAGUGUUGGCCCUUGGCGUUGUUGGCUUAUAG